CUCGCUGAUACACCUGGAUAUAUUACCCUCUUGCGUCGCCUUCUCAGAUCUGUUUUCCCUCCUAUGCCUCAGGCAUGGAUGCUAAUUUAGAAACCGAAAAGCUCGUCAAAAAACCUGUCCAUCCCUCUCAGCUGUCCCCCAAUCAAACUUUAAAUCAUAAUGUUCGUCAUUCUCUAUUAAAUUGCUCAACAAGUACUACUACUCCUGUUCUUUCUAUCCUUCUUCAACCGUUUCAAUGGCUACAAAUGCUCUCUUCCCUGCUAAACCCGAGCUUUGUCCUCGGCAUAUUUCUCGUUCACGGCCUCAGCCAAGGGUUUUCCGGAUCUUACUUCAAAGUAGUCUCUGACUACUACUGGAAAGACGUCCAGAAAGUCCAACCCUCAGUGGUACAGCUGUUCUUAGGCCUCUACUACAUUCCAUGGAUCAUAAAGCCAGUCUGGGGCCUCCUCACCGAUCUCUUUCCGGUCGGAGGCUAUCAGCGUCGCCCAUAUUUUAUUUUAGCAGGCGCUCUCGGGACGGUUUCUGCAACAGUGGUUGCACUUGGCGGAAGUAUGGCUGUGGUGGUGGCGUUGGGUAGUUUGAUAGGCGUAACUGCAGCCGUAGCGAUCGCAAGCGUGACCAUUGACGCUUGUAUUGCAAGAAACAGUAUCGAGAUCCGGUCAUUGGCGCCGGACCUCCAGACCCUUUGUGGGUUCUGCUCGUCGGUCGGUUCUCUUGUUGGGUACUCCACCAGUGGGUUUUUUGUUCACCAUCUCGGAGCUCAGGAAGCAUUGGGUCUUUUGGCAGUCCCACAAGCCUUAUUGAUAGUGCUGGGUUUCCUGUUUUACGAAACGAAAUCUACCAUCCAUUCUGAGAAGAAGGCAGUACAUAAGAAAGUAGGAGUGGCAAUGAGGGCAAUGCAGGAAACAAUCAGACGCCCCCAGGUGUGGAAGCCAACACUUUACAUUUACCUAUCUUUGGCUCUCAGUAUAAGUACUCAAGAAGGGCAGUUUUAUUGGUACACUGACCCUAAAGCUGGUCCUGCAUUUUCUCAGGAGUUUGUUGGGAUUGUUCAUGCAUUCGGUGCGUUGGCGUCCGUGGCAGGGGUUCUAAUCUAUCACAAAGUUCUGAAAGACUACCCAUUUAGAAAGCUACUGUUUUUGGCUCAGCUGCUGUAUGCCGCAUCCGGUAUGCUCGACCUAAUUUUCAUGCUUAGGUGGAACUUGAUUCUUGGAAUUCCCGACUAUUUGUUUGUUGUUAUGGAGGAAUGUGUGUCCAGUACAGUGGGUAAAAUUCGAUGGAUGCCCAUGGUCGUGUUGAGCACACAGCUAUGCCCUAUUGGCAUUGAAGGUACAUUUUUUGCACUACUGAUGUGCAUUGAUAGCCUUGGUUCGCUUUCGUCUAAAUGGGGAGGAGGAAUCGUUCUUCAUAUAUUCCAUGUCACAAGGACUGAUUUCACAAACCUAUGGUUAGUCGUUUUAAUUAGAAAUUUGCUGAGAAUUGGAACACUUGCUUUGGUUUUUCUUGUUCCCAAUGCUGUUCAGUCAGAUAACCUACUUCCAUCGGAUCUUUUGACAAAGAAUUCGACUCAGAGCAUAGAUGAUGAGAGCUUGCAACUUGUUUCUAUGGAGAAGGAAACAGAAUGAGCAAAUGGAAGUAAUAGUAGAAAUAAUUGAUCUACCAAAGUCGAAUAACGAUCUAAAUUGAUUCAUUUUACAUAUUCUUCUUCUACUGUGUAUAACACUAUUAUAGCUA